AUGGGUAGAAUAUUUUUAGACCAUGUUGGUGGAACGAGAUUGUUUUCAUGUGCAUCUUGUGACACAAUUUUAACAAAUCGUAGCGAACUCAUUAGUACAAGAUUUACUGGAGCUACUGGUAGAGCUUUUUUAUUCAAUAGAGUGGUCAAUUUAAACUAUAGUGAUGUACAAGAUAGAGUAAUGUUAACAGGACGUCACAUGGUAAGAGAUGUAACGUGUAAAAAUUGUGAUGCCAAACUCGGGUGGAUAUAUGAAUUUGCGACGGAAGAAAAUCAAAGGUAUAAAGAAGGAAGAGUUAUUUUAGAAAGAGCAUUAGUGACAGAAACUGAUGGUAUAGAAGAACAUAUGGGAGAUGAUUAA